CGCCGGGCCCCCAGACGGAGUGGCGGGCGCCAGGCCCCCAGGCGGAGCGGCGGGUGCCAAACCCCCAGGAGGGGCGGCGGGCACCGGGUCAUCAGGCACGACAGCGGGCAUCGGGUCACCAGGCAUCAGGUCAUUUGGCUCGCCAGCGGGCACCGCGUCAUCUGGCAAGGCAGUGGGCACCGAGUCACCAGGCACGACAGUGGGUUCCGAGUCAACUGGCAUGACCGCGGGCGGGGCACUGGGUCAGACAUUGGAUCGUCUGGCUCGACAGCGGGCAUCGGGUCAUUUGGCUCAACAGAGGGCACCGCGUCAUCUGGCAAGGCAUCAAUUGGCACGACAAAGGGCACCGGGUCAUCAGGUACCGGAUCGUCUGGCUCGACAGCAGGCACCGGGUCAUCUAGCACUGGAUCGUCUGGCUCGACAGCGGGCAUCGGGUCACCAGGCAUGACAGCGGGCACUGGGUCAUCAGGCAUUGGAUCGUCUGGCUCGACAGCGGGCAUCGGGUCACCAGGUACCGGAUCGUCUGGCUCGACAGCGGGCACUGGGUCAUCAGGCGCUGAAGUGCGGGUGCCGAGGCACCAGGCUGAACCACGGAAGGCAGGUUCUCAGAUAGCAGGCUCACCGGUUUGGAUACUGGCA